CCGUCAGCACAGAGACCCUGCGGAUGCAUUCCUCCACCCUGUGUGUCCAAUAUCUGGCAAGAAUGUGGCUUGACUCUUUCAUGUCUGCAUGACCGGGCAGCCCUUUCCUCUUAGUCCACAGGACAGGCUGUAGAGGCUGUCGCAGUGGUGGUGAUACCAAAGCAGGGGGGGUGAAGCGAUGAUGAGAGGAGUGGCAGACUCCACCAAAAAACUUCCCGGAGUGACGCGCGUCGCCGCCGCCGCCGCUCCUCCCCGUUAACAGCGAGGGGGACAGAGUUUCCUUCUGUUUUGUAACUCUCCUGAUGUAACGAUAGUUGGUCGUAGCGCUUUGAGAGUGAGAGUUGAAGUCAAGGCUUUGUCUUUCAAAAGCAAGAAAAAAAAAGUUUGGACAUGAAAGCUCUGAACUGAUAGAAAAGUCGCUUGAAUCUUUUCUCCCGGACGUGCGGCAUCAUGAAGCCACUGCUGCGCUUCGGCGUCUCUCUGCGGUCUCUGCUGCUCUUCAGCGCUCUGCUCGAGAUCUCACAGGCACAGUGUUUCAAUACUACCUGUAACUUCAGUGAAACAGAAACAUUAACAGUAACAACAACAACAGUCACAUUUGGAUCAAGUCAAAACUGCACCUUAUCCACUGCAUCUUUGCUCACAAGCGAUACUGCUAAGUUGAUAACUGGUUUGACUCCUGGAACGGUUAACCAAAUCUCCUUCAGCUGUUUGAACUGCUGCAAAGAGGUCACAAUGAGGCCUGAAGUAGUCAAAGACCUCAAAGUCACUGGAGUCACAACGACAUCUUUAUUUCUGACAUGGAAAAAACCAGAUGGUAAUAGCUCCUCCUUUAUAGUAAGGUGGACUGGUGGAGCAGACAAUACGAGUGAAAUAUCUAAAAACAUCACCGGCCUGAAUCCUGGAGUCAAAUACACGAUAACUGUCGCUGCAGUGGCAGAUGAUAACCGUACUGAAGGAGCGAAUGUCACUGUAUCACGGUACACAAAGCCUGAGGCUGUCAGGAAUCUCACUGCCUCUGACAUCACAACGUCCUCUGUGUUUCUGAGCUGGACUGAACCAGAGGGACAGAGCUCCCUCUAUAGAGUACAGUGGACUGAUGGAAAUGUCAGUGGGACAGAAAAUGUGACUGAGACACAUUUAAAUAUUACUAACCUGACUGCUGGUGUCCAGUAUGAAAUAAAUGUUACUGCAGUGGCAGCUGACGGGAUUACUGAAGGACAAGGCACCACUGUGUCCAAAUACACAAAGCCUGAGGCUGUCAGGAAUCUCAGUGUCAUUGAAAUCACAACAUCCUCUGUGUUUCUGAACUGGACUGAACCAGAGGGACAGAGCUCCUUCUAUAGAGUACAGUGGACUGAUGGAAAUUUCAGUGGGACAGCAAAUAUGACUGAGACACAUUUAAAUAUUAUUAACCUGACUGCUGGUGUCCAGUAUGAAAUAAAUGUUACUGCAGUGGCAGCUGACAGGAUUACUGAAGGACAAGGCACCACUGUGUCCAAAUACACAAAGCCUGAAGUAGUCAGGAAUCUCACUGCCUCUGACAUCACAACAUCCUCUGUGUUUCUGAGCUGGACUGAACCAGAGGGACAGAGCUCCCUCUAUAGAGUACAGUGGACUGAUGGAAAUGUCAGUCAGGCAGUAAAUGUGACUGAGACACAUUUAAAUAUUAUUAACCUGACUGCUGGUGUCCAGUAUGAAAUAAAUGUUACUGCAGUGGCAGCUGACGGGAUUACUGAAGGACAGAGUACAGCUGUUACUCAAUACACAAAGCCUGAGGCUGUCAGGAAUCUCAGUGUCACUGAAAUCACAACGUCCUCUGUGUUUCUGAACUGGACUGAACCAGAGGGACAGAGCUCCUUCUAUAGAGUACAGUGGACUGAUGGAAAUGUCAGUCAGACAGCAAAUGUGACUGAGACACAUUUAAAUAUUAUUAACCUGACUGCUGGUGUCCAGUAUGAAAUAAAUGUUACUGCAGUGGCAGCUGACGGGAUUACUGAAGGACAAGGCACCACUGUGUCCAAAUACACAAAGCCUGAAGUAGUCAGGAAUCUCACUGCCUCUGACAUCACAACAUCCUCUGUGUUUCUGACCUGGACUGAACCAGAGGGACAGAGCUCCUUCUAUAGAGUACAGUGGACUGAUGGAAAUUUCAGUGGGACAGCAAAAGUGAAUGAGACACAUUUAAAUAUUACUAACCUGACUGCUGGUGUCCAGUAUGAAAUAAAUGUUACUGCAGUGGCAGCUGACGGGAUUACUGAAGGACAGAGUACAGCUGUUACUCAAUACACAAAGCCUGAGGCUGUCAGGAAUCUCAGUGUCACUGAAAUCACAACGUCCUCUGUGUUUCUGAACUGGACUGAACCAGAGGGACAGAGCUCCCUCUAUAGAGUACAGUGGACUGAUGGAAAUGUCAGUCAGACAGCAAAUGUGACUGAGACACAUUUAAAUAUUAUUAACCUGACUGCUGGUGUCCAGUAUGAAAUAAAUGUUACUGCAGUGGCAGCUGACGGGAUUACUGAAGGACAAGGCACCACUGUGUCCAAAUACACAAAGCCUGAAGUAGUCAGGAAUCUCACUGCCUCUGACAUCACAACAUCCUCUGUGUUUCUGAACUGGACUGAACCAGAGGGACAGAGCUCCUUCUAUAGAGUACAGUGGACUGAUGGAAAUUUCAGUGGGACAGCAAAAGUGAAUGAGACACAUUUAAAUAUUACUAACCUGACUGCUGGUGUCCAGUAUGAAAUAAAUGUUACUGCAGUGGCAGCUGACGGGAUUACUGAAGGACAGAGUACAGCUGUUACUCAAUACACAAAGCCUGAGGCUGUCAGGAAUCUCAGUGUCACUGAAAUCACAACAUCCUCUGUGUUUCUGAACUGGACUGAACCAGAGGGACAGAGCUCCUUCUAUAGAGUACAGUGGACUGAUGGAAAUGUCAGUCAGACAGCAAAUGUGACUGAGACACAUUUAAAUAUUAUUAACCUGACUGCUGGUGUCCAGUAUGAAAUAAAUGUUACUGCAGUGGCAGCUGACGGGAUUACUGAAGGACAAGGCACCACUGUGUCCAAAUACACAAAGCCUGAAGUAGUCAGGAAUCUCACUGCCUCUGACAUCACAACAUCCUCUGUGUUUCUGAACUGGACUGAACCAGAGGGACAGAGCUCCUUCUAUAGAGUACAGUGGACUGAUGGAAAUUUCAGUGGGACAGCAAAAGUGAAUGAGACACAUUUAAAUAUUACUAACCUGACUGCUGGUGUCCAGUAUGAAAUAAAUGUUACUGCAGUGGCAGCUGACGGGAUUACUGAAGGACAGAGUACAGCUGUUACUCAAUACACAAAGCCUGAGGCUGUCAGGAAUCUCAGUGUCACUGAAAUCACAACGUCCUCUGUGUUUCUGAACUGGACUGAACCAGAGGGACAGAGCUCCUUCUAUAGAGUACAGUGGACUGAUGGAAAUGUCAGUCAGACAGCAAAUGUGACUGAGACACAUUUAAAUAUUAUUAACCUGACUGCUGGUGUCCAGUAUGAAAUAAAUGUUACUGCAGUGGCAGCUGACGGGAUUACUGAAGGACAAGGCACCACUGUGUCCAAAUACACAAAGCCUGAAGUAGUCAGGAAUCUCACUGCCUCUGACAUCACAACAUCCUCUGUGUUUCUGAACUGGACUGAACCAGAGGGACAGAGCUCCUUCUAUAGAGUACAGUGGACUGAUGGAAAUUUCAGUGGGACAGCAAAAGUGAAUGAGACACAUUUAAAUAUUACUAACCUGACUGCUGGUGUCCAGUAUGAAAUAAAUGUUACUGCAGUGGCAGCUGACGGGAUUACUGAAGGACAGAGUACAGCUGUUACUCAAUACACAAAGCCUGAGGCUGUCAGGAAUCUCAGUGUCACUGAAAUCACAACAUCCUCUGUGUUUCUGAACUGGACUGAACCAGAGGGACAGAGCUCCUUCUAUAGAGUACAGUGGACUGAUGGAAAUGUCAGUCAGACAGCAAAUGUGACUGAGACACAUUUAAAUAUUAUUAACCUGACUGCUGGUGUCCAGUAUGAAAUAAAUGUUACUGCAGUGGCAGCUGACGGGAUUACUGAAGGACAAGGCACCACUGUGUCCAAAUACACAAAGCCUGAAGUAGUCAGGAAUCUCACUGCCUCUGACAUCACAACAUCCUCUGUGUUUCUGAACUGGACUGAACCAGAGGGACAGAGCUCCUUCUAUAGAGUACAGUGGACUGAUGGAAAUGUCAGUCAGACAGCAAAAGUGACUGAGACACAUUUAAAUAUUACUAACCUAACUGCUGCUGUCCAGUAUGAAAUAAAUGUUGCUGCAGUGGCAGCUGACAGGAUUACUGAAGGACAAGGCACCACUGUGUCCAAAUACACAAAGCCUGAAGUAGUCAGGAAUCUCACUGCCUCUGACAUCACAACAUCCUCUGUGUUUCUGAACUGGACUGAACCAGAGGGACAGAGCUCCCUCUAUAGAGUACAGUGGACUGAUGGAAAUGUCAGUCAGACAGCAAAAGUGACUGAGACACAUUUAAAUAUUAUUAACCUGACUGCUGGUGUCCAGUAUGAAAUAAAUGUUACUGCAGUGGCAGCUGACAGGAUUACUGAAGGACAAGGCACCACUGUGUCCAAAUACACAAAGCCUGAGGCUGUCAGGAAUCUCAGUGUCACUGAAAUCACAACAUCCUCUGUGUUUCUGAGCUGGACUGAACCAGAGGGACAGAGCUCCUUCUAUAGAGUACAGUGGACUGAUGGAAAUUUCAGUGGGAUAGCAAAAGUGAAUGAGACACAUUUAAAUAUUACUAACCUAACUGCUGGUGUCCAGUAUGAAAUAAAUGUUACUGCAGUGGCAGCUGACAAGAUUACUGAAGGACAAGGCACCACUGUGUCCAAAUACACAAAACCUGGCAAAAUUGGGCAACAUACUGUGUCUGUAAACACCUCCUCCAUCUCUGUGAGCUGGGUCUCGCCUCCUGGUGAGGUGUUUCAGUACAGGGUGGAGUGGCAACCUGGUGACGCAACAACGUUCAUACUCGCAAAUCGUACCUUUGCUACGCUAUCAAACCUGAUCCCUGGUACCACCUACACAAUCAGAGUGAUUGCUGUUGCCCGAGACGGUCAAACAGGAGAGCCUUACACAUUCACUUCAUUCACACAACCUGCUGUGGUCAAGAACCUCACCAUCACUCAUGUCACAACAUCGUCUGUGUCUCUGAACUGGGAUAAACCAAACGGCAUUGCUGCCUUCUAUGUAGUCAAGUGGACUGUAGGGGAACACAGCCUUAACAACACCACGAACGAAACCUCCUUUACUAUCCAAGAUUUAACCCCUGGAACCCAGUACAGCAUUACGGUUGUUGCAGGAAUUCUCUCAAGCAAAGGAGAAAGUACCUCUGUUACUACAUUUACAAAGCCUGUAAAGCCUGAGGGCAUCAUGGUUACAGCAAGGGGAACUGAUUUCCUGAACAUCAGCUGGACUUUGCCUCUAGGGAGGUCUGAGCACUUGGUGCUGAAAAUCUCCAAUGAUGACCUGAAAUAUUCUGAUAACACUACAACACCAAGCACGGUCACCACAGCCCGCUUUGCUGGCUUAAAUCCUGGAAGAAUCUUUGUUAUCACAGUGACUGCUGUGGCUGGAGACUUCAGUAACACUUCUAAUCAGUUUGCAUUUGCCACUUCUCCUACACCUCCCGGUUCCAUCAUCAUCAGUCACAAGACAAACUCUUCGCUCCAUCUGAGGUGGCCAACUCCUGCUUUGAUGGAGGGUGCUCCGAACAUCAGCUACCAUAUCACCUACCAGGAGAAGGAUGGGGAAGUACUCAGUUCAUACGCCAUGGUCAAUAACACAGAGCUGUCCUCGCUUCAAUCCGGAACAUCCUACAAUAUAACUUUAAAAACAAUUGGACCGCAAAAUUUAACGAGCACGGUUGUCCGUAGUUCUGCUUUCACCAGGCCAAACCCUGUGUUGAACCUUACAGCCAGCCCAAAAUCCACCACCUCAGUUCUUGUUGGGUGGUCAUACCCACAGGGAGCCCAGCCGUAUUACAAAUACUUGGUUCAAACCUACAGUGCUGUGGGAGCAGUGUCUAACACAACAGUCACCAUUAACAGCACUGAUGUACCGCAGCUGGAGCCAGGAACUAAUUAUACCAUCACUGUCACAACGAUCGCGGCAACAGAAAGUGAAUCCACAGAGGAACAGACUUUCAGUUACACAAUGCCCAAAGCAGUGACAGACCUCACAGUGCAAGAAGUGAACACAACGUCCAUCCGGCUGACGUGGCUCAGACAAAGUGACCAUAAAAGCUCUUACUCCUAUCUGGUGAUAGUGCGACUGGAUAUGACGGUUCAGAAAUAUUCAACUGAGAAUGAGACUUACACCUUCUCCCUCCUGACCCCUGGAGUAUUGUACACCUUUGAUGUGUUUACAGUUGUAGGCGGAGUCAUGUCUGCAGUAAACAGCACAUCAAGUUACACAAAGCCUGCAGCCGUUUCUGACAUCACAGUUGUGGGAACUACGACUAACCUGUCAGUGAGCUGGAGCCCUGCAACCGGGCAGGUGGUCUCCUACACUGUCCUGCUGUACAGAGACAGCCAGUUGGAGGGAAAUGGGUCAGAUCUGAGCAACAAUACCCUAAAAACGCUGUUUGUGGGCCGGAAACCAGGAGUGCUGUACUGUGUGGUGGUCGUCACCAAAAGCGGACCUUUAGAGAGUAAAAGUUCAAGAAUUUGCAACGCAACUUUUCCCAACCCUCCGGGCCCCAUCACGGUAGAGUCGCAGACUGUGAAGUCCAUCAACUUUACCUGGCCCUUUCCACAGAACAUGGACCAACAUCAGAGCAACUUCAGUGUGGCCAGCUUUCCUGGCUUCAAUCUGAUUGAAAACAACUGGUUCCUGCUGGACAAUCUCCAGUCUGGAAGCCCCUACAAUAUCUCUGUUGUUACUGUAGGAGUGUUUAACUAUCAGAGCACAGCAGUGACAACAGAAAACUAUACCAGACCACACCCUGUAUCGAUGCUGAGAGGGGCAGAAAUCACCACAAAUGCAGUGACCUUGGUGUGGGAGCAGCGGGAGAGAAAACCUCACUACUCAUUUGUGGUGCAGGCCUCCAAUGGCUCCAUUUUUCAUUCCAGCACAGUAUCUAACACCACAUACACAAUCACUGGACUUGUUGCUGGGAGCAACUACAGCUUCACUGUCACUACACAGACAGCAGAUGGCACUCAGGCAGCUCCUGUGACAGAGUCCUACUUUACACAGCCUGAAACAGUGCAACCCAAUAUCUCCAGCCAGGGCUCCAAUAACUCAAUCCUGGUGUCAUGGACAAAACCUCCUGGCAAAGUGGAGUAUUAUCAGGUUCGUCUAAAUAGCAGUUCCCGACCAGAGGAGCAAGUGGUGAACACCAACAACACCCACUGGCAGUUUGAGAGCCUGUCUGCUGGAAGGCUUUAUUCUGCCAGAGUAAUCACAUACAGUGGACCUGUUAAUGCAUCAUCUAAAGUUGUCACUAAUGCAACUUUCCCUAAUCCUCCUGGGCUGAUUGAGAUCCUGGCGAAGACAAACCACUCCAUUAACAUUAGGUGGAUGGAAGCUCCUCUGAUGACUGGUGCAUCAUUCCAGUACCGGUUGGAUAUCACUUCACCCCAGAGAGGAGUUUACAUCAGUGGCACCAAUACCCAGCAUACUUUUGACUCUCUGUUUUCUGGGACUUCCUACAACAUAUCUGUUGCCACAGUGGGUGCAUUGAGUUUUGAGAGUAAGGACGUUCAGAUCCACAUGGUCACCACAAAACCGUUCAGCGUGAAGUCUCUCAGGGCCUCUGCAGAAGAGGAGAGCAUCAUGGUCACGUGGACCAAUCCCGACGAAUACAAGGAAAGCUAUCGUUAUCGUGUGACGUGGGAUGGCUCGGAUGGAAAUGAAUUUACCACGCAGGAAACUAAGCAUAAUAUCAAUCGUCUGGUUCCUGGCACACGCUAUAACGUAAAAGUCACUACAGAGACCUCUGAUGGAACACGGAGCGAUACAGAGCAGAUUUCCAUCUGCACAAACGCAAGCCCAGUGAAAGGCUUACAUUGUGAAGGUCCAAACACAACAAAUGCAGAACUGAUCCUGUCCUGGGGCAGUCCCAACGGCCAACACUCUGGCUUCCAGGUCACUUUAAACAAUAGCAGCUCCAGAAGCACCUGUUGUAAUCAUACCGUGUCCAAUCUUCAUCACAAUACUGUAUACAACCUGACUGUGGAGACUCUGAGCUGUGGACAACACAGCAUUCCUGUGUCUCAUCUCUGCAGGACAGGCAUCACAAAUCCACCCAUUCCAAAGGACUAUGAGUCUAUGGUAAUAGUGAGUAAAAAGGAACACAACAAGUUCUUCAUUCAGAUUGACUCCAGACUGCUGGAUAACAGCAAUGGGCCCAUCACACAUGUUGGAGUGCUGGUGACAAAUAACCUCCCUGCUGACAUUUCCAAUUGGAGAGAGUAUUUGGGGAAGAACUACGAGCAGUGGAAGGCAAAGAAAACUCCAGUCUACCUGGCAACAGUCAGAGAGACCAUCUCACAAUCACGCAGUACAGAAAACCCUCUGAGCAUUGAAAUUGGAAAUGGAGUCAAAUGGAAGGGCUACACUAAUGGUGUUCUGGACGCAAGUGGAAAAUACCUAUAUGCUGUUGUGAUGUUCACCAAUCUGUCUCUGCAAGGCGACUUUGUGAACGGUGAAAUCUCACUGGUUUCACGCACAGGCUUUGAUCUUGCUGUUGAACUAACAAGGGACCCUGCUGUCACUGCCAUUGCUGUCGGAGCAACACUCGGAAUUUUUUGCUUUCUCUUCAUCGUGCUCAUUGGCUUCAUUAUCUACUGGAGAAGGUUAUCCAACAAAGAAUCAUCAGACAUCCAGAUUCAUUCCUUAAGAGCCAAAGUAAGUGUGGCUGUGAGGACGGAGGACUACGAGGCUUACUAUAAGAAGCAGAAAGCAGACUCCAACUGUGGCUUUGCUGAGGAGUUUGAGGACCUGAAGCUUGUUGGUACAGGUCAGUCGAAAACAAGUGCUCUGACUUUGGACAACAAGCCCAAGAACCGCUACAACAACGUGCUUCCCUAUGACUCUUCUAGGGUGAAACUCUCUAUUAUCCAUGGAAGUCCAUAUGAUGACUACAUCAAUGCUAACUACAUCCCGGGUUACAACUCCAGGAAGGAAUUUAUUGCAGCUCAGGGUCCUUUGCCUGUCACAGUGAGUGAGUUCUGGAGGAUGGUCUGGGAGAAGAAUGUCCAGACUCUGGUCAUGCUGACACGCUGUAACGAACAGGGACGAAUAAAAUGUGAACAAUACUGGGAUUUAGGCACCAAGCACUUUGAAAACAUCACUGUUACAACCACCUCUGAAAUACCACUUGAAGACUGGACCAUCAGGGACUUUGACAUUAAAAAUGUAAAAACAGCAGAGACCCGUUCGGUGCGUCACUUCCACUUCACAGCCUGGCCGGAUCACGGUGUACCUGAAACUACUGAGCUCCUCAUCAGCUUCAGACAUCUGGUCAGAGAGCACAUGGACCAGUACUCCAGAAACUCUCCUACUGUGGUCCAUUGCAGUGCUGGUGUGGGACGCACAGGUACUUUCAUAGCCAUUGACCGUUUGAUCUUCCAGAUUGAAAGGGAAAAUAUUGUAGAUGUGUAUGGCAUCGUCUAUGAUCUGCGCAUGCACCGGCCCCUUAUGGUGCAGACAGAGGAUCAGUAUGUGUUCCUAAACCAGUGCGCCAUGGACAUAAUCAGAGCAAGAACUGGAACCAAUGUGGAUCUGAUCUACCAAAACACAGCGGCACUCUCCAUUUAUGAGAACGUAGAACCAAAGAAAGGUUUUCCCAAAAACGGGUACCACAAUGCAUAGAUCUGAGGAGCCACUUGGAUCUCCUCCUUGUCUCUUUACUUUAAAUGAGAAACUGAACGGACAUUUGUAAUGGGAACACCUUCAACAGAGUGUGCUGUGUGCAAAUUUUUAUACCUGUCAUACUUUUGUUAAGAAUCUAAAUAACCAUACCAAAUGCAAGAAAGCCUCUUGCAUUUGGUUAUUUAUUUGUUAAAAAUUCUGAACAUUUGAUAAAGGAGAUGACGCUGUAUGGAAAUACAAUAGUAGACAUAAUCGGUGACCAAAAAUAUUUGGAUUUUGGAUUUAUAUGUAAAUUUCUCUUUGGAUCCUUUAAUGUAGAUUUUAGUAUCGCUCAGUUGAUUUUUGUGUUCUGCUUGUUUUCCACUGUAUUUGACUUACUGAUAUAUUUUGACAUUUCUUGCUCAGGUAAUAUGUUGGAUGCUGUAUAGGUAUUAUUACAGACACGCUCGACAAAGAAAACCUUGGAACUGCACCCUUGGAAUUCCCUUGUACAUUAAAGUUGCAUUGGUAUGAAUACUGUGUGCCUUUUAGAAACCUGUUAUGGUUUAAUACCAACAGGUGGCACUCCUUGCUCCUCACACCCUAUUACCUCCUUGUCACAGGAACCUUAAGAUUAAGUUUGUCAAUAUAUACAUAUAUAUAUUUAGUGACGUUUGAUCAUCCAGCCAAUUCUUUUGCACCUCUUCAGCCAAUUUGAACUGUGCAAUGCCUUUUAAUGAAGGAGUUCUGUUUGUCCUUGUUUGUUACAGAGAGUUUUUGUAUUUGUAUGCACUGUGGUGAAUAAUGCACUGGAUGCAUAUGCCUUUCUACACUGUUCACAUUUUUAAAUUGUAUAAAGAUUUUUAUUUUCUAUCAUUAUCAGUGAUUACAUCUUGGCCAGUGCUUUGUGAAACUGAUUGUGACACUUUGCUUUUCAUCCAGUGAUUGAUUGUUACAGUUCCACUUUAAUAUUUUAAUAUUAAAGAGAUGGGUCAUAUUAAACGGUUAACAGCUCAGGAACUCAAGCUGAACAUUUUACUAGGAGGUAUGGUGUUAGAAAACCCAUACUGCUCCAGUAUGUACUUAGGAAAUCUUAGAGGUCACAUUCAUGAUGUUUUUUUGUUCAUGUCCUUUUCCUCUUCAUUGUACAUUCCUUGAAGAAACGACAAUGUUAUGUCACUUCCUGCUGUAUAUCUGGUCUAUCUAUGGACAUUUCCUGUGAUGUUACAAUCACCAGGAGGAGCACAAGCAUUAUUUUCAGCUUCUAAAGGGCACACUUUUCCAUGAGGCAGGUACGUUUUUGUUGUUGUUGUUUGUUAUUUUUAAGUCAAUUGUUGUGCGUGGUUGGCCUGAAGAUAUUUUUAAGGUUGUUUUAUUGUUACUGUAUCAUAAUGUACUUACUGAUUGAAAGCACUUGUGUUUCUGAUGUAAACAAGAAUAGGAAAUAUUUGCCUGGUUUAAGGAAAUUUUUAAAUGCUUUUGAAGAUGCUUGCUGGUACAAUGCAAUAAUGUAAAAGGAGCAAGGAGCAUUUAUUCUCUGUAUACCCUCGGAUCUGUAAAACAAAAUGGGAUUAAAUAUGUCAUUACAUUUAA